GGUCAGAAUUAAACUCCGACCCGGAACCUUUUGCCCGAGAUGAGUUGUUUUUACCGUGGAAGGUUCUAGUAGUUUCCUACCCUUCUCUGGUCCAAAAUUAACAACAUUUAGGAUUAGAAAUGAGUGCGACGGAGCUUAAGGACCAAGGGAAUCGAUUCUUCAGUGCCAGAAGAUAUGACGAUGCUAUAAAAUGUUACACAAAGGCGAUCAUCAAGAACCAGUCGGUAGCGACGUACUUCACGAACCGCGCCCUGUGCUACCUGAAGCUUCAGCAGUGGGAGUUGGCCGCGCAGGACUGCCGACGGGCGCUCGAGCUGGACAACAGGUCGGUCAAGGGGCACUUCUUCCUGGGGCAGUGUCUCAUGGAACAGGACGCACACGACGAGGCUAUCAAAAGCUUCCAGAGAGCUCAUGAGCUAGCUAAGGAACAGAAGCUGAACUACGGGGAUGACAUCGCCAGCGCGUUGAGGAUGGCCAGAAAAAAACGCUGGAGUGUCCAGGAGGAGAAGAGAAUAGAGCAGGAGAUCGAGUUACAGUCCUAUCUCAACAAACUACUCAUAGCUGCAAAGGAAAAGGAAGUAGCAGAAGUUAUGGAAGAAGGCAGUGACAAUGACAAAUGUCUUGAUGAAAUAAAAAGAAUAGAAGAAACACAUGACCAUUAUAUGGCCGAACUGAACACAUUAUUCUCACAAGUGGAUGAAAGACGAAGGACGAGAGCCGUCCCCGACUUUCUAUGUUGUCAGAUUAGCUUUGAACUGAUGAGAGAUCCUGUAAUAACGCCAAGUGGUAUCACGUACGAUCGCAAAGACAUCGAGGAACACCUACAGCGGGUCGGCCAUUUUGACCCCGUAACUAGGCAACAACUGACCAAGGAUCAGCUGAUCCCUAACCUAGCCAUGAAAGAGGUCAUCGACCAUUUUGUCAAGGAUAACCAGUGGGUGGACGACUACUAACUUCAACAGCCGGAAAUAUAAUCUACAGGGGGUAGAUAACCACUAACUUCAACAGCACAAAUCUAGCAGCUUCCAGUACCAGGCAAAGAUAUUUGGUAACGACUAGUAUAAACUGUUAUGAUGGAACUAAGAGGCAAUAGCACUUUGCAUGCCUAAAAAACUGAAUUCUGGUUAAAAUAACGUAAUAGAAAGUUGUAGUAUCAUGAUCAUCAGCACAUUUGAAACUUUCUC